GACUGCCGUUUUGAAGCCUCGAGUUUGGCCGAUAGGGCGCCGCCAUGUCGAGUUUUUACAACCAAGUGCCAAUUUCCGGGUAGUAUUCAUUUUUCAGAAACCGUUAUCUUUUGGGCCUUUCACCUAGCUAGACGCAGCACAGUAACAGCAGCAGACGGACAUCACCUCCUCUCUCAUGGAGAAGUUUGUGUUCCUGUUUAUCCUUCUGUCUCCAGCAGCUUCUGAUGUUGUACGAGUGAAACCUGGAGAUGAUGUCACUCUGCCAUGUCAGGCUGGAGAUGUCUUCAUCAGAGCUGUAGAGUGGAGCAGACCUGACCUGGAGCCAGACUACGUCCUCUUUUACAGAGAUGGACUCUCAGAUCCAACCCACCAGCAUCCAUCCUUUAAGGACCGGGUGCAGCUGGUGGACAGAGAGCUGAAGGACGGAGACGUGUCUUUAAUUCUGAAGAAUGUGAGCAGCAACGACGCUGGAACAUACGAGUGUCGAGUACACACAGCAGGAGGUUCAAGACGUAAGAGAGCCAUUAUUGAGACUGAGCCCAUCAGAAGGAUUGAGCUGGAGGUUUCAGCCUCAGGUUCCAACAGCGGAGACGUCGAGGAGGGAAACUACGGUCUUUACUACGGACUGGUAGCAGCUUUUGUUCUGGUUUGUUUAGCUGCUGUUGGAUUGGCUGUUUUCUGGAAAUAUAAAAGACAUACGGACAAGAAACCAGAACACUCUGCUGCUGAUGAAGCAGUGAACGACCAGCUCCUCUGAUCUUUUCAACACAUGUAUCAAAUAUUCAACAUUUCAUUCUUUCUGUGGAUGUGAAUGUCCUGUUAGUUGUUUUGUCUGCAGAUCAGCUCUCAUGGCAAAUUGUUCCCAGACACUGCUCAGACUGAAUGCUUUCCAAAUAUCCUUACCUUAAGUGCAAUUUAUAUUUCUGCGUCAAAUUGACAGCGUAGCCUGACGUGCACCUCCUCAAAAAUGUAACUACACGUCGAGGUGACGUGGACCUUAAGCUCUGUGAUUGGUCGGCUGGGUAGCCUGGCAAUGCCUCCGAGCUAACAGGAAGCGCCCGUGCUUUGAAGUAACUUUUACUAGCGGCCAAAACGGCGGCUGUAAGACGGUGGAUCAAUAUAUUUGACCGUCACAACCCGAGCGAAAUGACUCUUCAUUCAUUAUUCGAAUAUGAUCCAUUCAUUCGGUAACAUUUGAAAAGGCUAUACCAGCCGCACAUUUUACCCACAUUCACAUUAGCGGAGCACUAAACUGGAAGUUAGCCUGCUUGGCCAGCAAAAGUCAACACGGUGGACGCUGUAGCGCUACUGUAGACUAGCGUUUGGGGGUGUAAUUGCAGAAUGAUGGAGACACGGACGCACAAGUAUAAAUGCCUGGCUAUGUGCGUAGGGUCUACGGCGUAGCCAGGAGUAUAAAUCAAGCUUUAGACUGGGAUUAGAAAGAACUUCAAUACUCUACUUUAGAAAAAGUAAAAUCACUCAUUAUUAAAAUUCAGAUGUUGCAUGAUUAUUAUUACCGACACAUGAACAUGAGCAGUGUGUCAGACAGAGCAGGUGGAGCGAUUUUAGCUGAUGUUGGAAGUUUAAUUUCUGACUGUGUUUCAUGUUUUAUAUGUAAAAUCUUCAUCUGCAGAGGAACCUGUAACUGCGGCUGUCAGAUAAAAUAAAAACACUCCAGUACAAGUA